UUAAAAAUUAAGUAUCAGGAAAAUGGGAAUUUCCUUCUUACCAAAGUGCACAGCAAAAAUGCUAAUUUGGUAAAUGCCAUUUUGCCAUGGAAAAUGGCUCUCAACUUACUUUUUAAUGUUCAUUAUUGGCGUCAAGCAUUUUAAGUGUGCAAAUAAUUGAUGAUGUACAAACACCAUUAAAACUUGUAAGCUUCAAAAACGUGUUCUACCAACUUCCAGGAUGUGCCAGUAACAUCCCUAUCUCUACUAAUAUUAUAAAUGCAAAAGUGUGUUUAUUUGUUUGUCCUUUCAUGCAGCAAUGGAGCAAUGGAUAGACAUGAUAUUUUUAGAUAGCUUAUGGGCUACAGUGUGACAUAGACUACAUAUAAUUAUGAAAUUUCAUCCAUAAGGGAGUGAAAAUGAGGUAAACUCAGUUUUAUAACAGAAAAUCAUAGAAGGUAGGUAAAAGACACACAAACAAUGAGUUUGUAUCAUUUCUCUGUGUCUGCCACACGUCAUAUAGUAAGGUCUGGCAACUUCCUAUCCUUCUUGGUGAAACUCAUCUGCUUAGUGAAGCUCACGGCUGCUAGAGAACUUAACGCGCUAAUGACAGUUUAGUUCAGAACUUCAUCAAUAGAUGGCAUUGCGUUGAAUUUGUAACGUGCUACCAUUUGGUGCAUCCGUCUCAUCUUGCCUAUGGAUUACCUGCCUUCCCAUAAAAUGAAGCUGAAGAUUGGCGUCCCGGUUUUUCUGAUGUGUAGCCUUGAUGCACCGAAACUGUCCAAUCAAUGGGACUUUAAAAUCAAAAUUUCCCGUUUUCAAGUGUAUGUCCUACAGACUUGAAACUCGUUAGUGAUGUUCCUUCCUUAUAUGAUGUGUUUAUCCCGGCAACACUAAGGGCGGCUUGCAGAGUCGUUCCGAGAAUUCUCCGAGUGCGAGUGGAGUUUGAGUGGAGGCAUUUUCAUUGCACAGUCGAGAACGGAGUAAAAACGAAGUAAUAUCCGAAUGAAACCGAGUAAAAACGAAGGAUAGUUGGAGUGUACGCGCAACCACACUCCGAGGGCACUCCGAGGGCCCUCGGAGUGAAAUAUGGAAAAAAAUUCAAGAUGGCUGCGUUAUUAGAACCAAUUGUUGUGGAAUUUCUUGAUUUAAUUGAUGAAGUAUUUCUAGAAAAUGAAGAAAGAAACGUUGCCAGGGAUCCACUGUUUGAAGAACCACGGAGUCGUCGAGGAUUACCGCUACCGCCUGUCCUGCAGUUGCUAAUUGCCUUGCGAUUUUACGCAACAGGCAGUUUCCAGAUAGGCAGUAGAAAUCAUAGUUACUAACCAAUACCUUUUGUUUACAAUAAUACCAUCUCUCACUCUUUGCCUAGGUUAGCCUAUUUUGCACUUCAGUAUGUGGUGUUUAAUUUGUGAUUUGCAUAGGCACAUAUCGGUGCAAUGUGAAAUACUAUUUACAGAUGGUGACAGACGGUAGCGAGUCCACAGUUUCCCGAAUGAUCAGACGUAUCUCUGUCGGUUUAGCGCAACAUGCACGAAAUCUGAUACGGUUUCCCACUGGCGAUGAAUUUCGAUUGAACAAGCUACGAUUUUAACACUUUCCCGGUGAUACAGGAGUGUCUGCACCCACAUUAAAAUCAAAAGCCCCGGCGGUGCUCGGGGAGAAGUAUACAGGCCAACAAUGAUGUGCCAAUCCCACCAGUUCCUCUGCGACCUGGGCGCGCCAUGGCCAUCAGGAACGAGUUCAUCAUCCGGCAUUUCAAUUAGCUGUUUUGAAAUGAUUUUUACACACAUUGUUUCAUGUGGGUUUUUGAAAUUCGUGAACUUGAUUGUACCGUUUAAUAAUAGUUUUGUUUGGCUGGAAUGAAUAUUUUAUGAUUUUUGCACUCAGUGUUAUGGCUACUAAUGAAUAAUUCAAUGAUAUCUUCAUUUGUUGCUAAGCCAUUCCAUUGCAGUUUCUUUAAUCCUUCACAUACCUACAGGCCCUGGCAUUUUGUUUCCAACUUGUAAACAAAUGUCAAUUAAAUGAAGAAAUUUUACAUGUACUUUCUAAUAAUGCAGCCUUCUACAAAUGUCUGAGUAAAGAGGUACAUUUGUUUAUAUUUUUGCAUUUUGAUUCUUUUGUAUUAUAACUUGAUGAAAUAGGUAAUGUUUUGUUAAAAGUAUUAUUGUUGUUAUAUAGGAAAUGUGGGGUAGUUAGGUUGGUAGGCCUGCAGUGUAAAUAGAGGCCAGUUUGUAAUGAUGGCGGCCAGCGUGUCGGUCGUUGUUCAUGGUGAUUGUAUACGGGAGUGAGGACUGCAACCUAAAUAUGUGUUGAGGGACAUAACAGUGGCGACGAGGAAAAUUAUUCUUUCCCGGGCGUGCGUGUGGGAAACGUAAACAACUACCGCGAUGGCGAUGUUUCCCGCGUUCGGUGAAUUUGUUCCAGGGCGUGACACGUGGCACACAUAUUCGGAACGAUUGGAAUACUACUUUGUGGCGAACAAAAUAAAAGACAGUGAUGAAAAACGGGCUAUAUUUUUCACCAUUUGUGGGGCAGAGCUUUAUAACCUUGUGACCUCAUUAGUGGCCCCAAAGUCAACAUCCGAGGUGGCAUUUCCGGAUAUUUUGGCGGUACUCACGCAACACUGUGAACCCAAACCGAGUGAGAUCGUGGAAUCGUUCAAAUUCCAUAAUAGGAACCAGCGCGACGGUGAAUCGGUGGCGGAAUUCGUGGCGGACUUACGACGGCUCAGCAUACACUGCAAUUUUGCGGAUUUGGAUCGUAUGUUGCGGGAUCGGGUGGUGUGUGGUGCGCGGGACACAAAGGUGCAACACACACUUUUGACAAAAGACAACUUAACAUUUAAGGAAGCGGUUGAGUUGGCCACAGCGGCUGAAGCCACAGGCCGCAAUGUCCACGAUCUACAGGUGCAGCAGGGCACAGACGCUGGGGCAGUGCUGAAAGUGGGACGCAUCAGGUACGACAAAAAGGUGGUUAAGAACGACCAGAAGCGGAGUCAAGUCCAGGUGGACCAACAACUUGCAGCUGACAGGCGUGCGUGUUGGAGGUGCAAUGGAGACCACAGCCCAACCCAAUGCCGACACAUCCAGACAGUGUGCAAUUUUUGCGCUAAAAGAGGGCACCUGGAAAGGGCGUGUAUCACCAAGAGGAGGAAAGGUAAUACAGGAGUGAAUGGGGGGUCCCGAGACCGAAAGGAGAUGGGCAGGCCUAGUAAGAGUGCCAGUGACACUGCCGGUACCUACAACCUUACAAACCAACCAGACAGUGACGAAGAGGAUGGAGCAGUUUACAAGGUAUUUCAGACGUCGGCGAGCAAUUGUACGAGUGAACCACCAAUUGUUUUAGAUGUGUGGCUGAAUGGUCAGAGACUUCCUAUGGAAAUUGACACUGGCGCAAGUUUCUCGAUCAUCAGUUUUGAGACAUACAAGAAACUGUGGCCCGAUCGACCAGCCCUAACAGAUGCAAACCUGGUUCUACACACGUGGUCGCAGGAAAAGUUGGGGGUUAGGGGGACUCUAGAAGUAUUGGUACAGACAAAGACUAGUGAAUGUAGACUACCAGUGUUGGUGGCGGAAGGGAAGGGGCCUAGUCUGGUGGGCAGGAAUUGGUUAGAACCACUGGGUAUACAAGUAGCAGGCAUUUACCAAAUAUCACAUCAGGAAGUACCCCCUGCAGUGCAACACCAUGCACGGGUGUUCGACAGUGUAGAGCUGGGCAAAUACGUAGGGCCCCCAGUGACAAUGGAGCUGGAACCUGGAGCAACGCCAAUCUUCCGGAGGAGCCGGGGAGUACCAUUCGCAUUGCGGGACAUGGUGAGUGCAGAGAUUGACAGACUGGUUGAUCAGGGUGUAUACGAGCCAGUGGAAUUUUCAGAUUGGGCGACGCCUAUUGUACCCAUUCGGAAGGCGAAUGGGAUGGUCAGGCUUUGCGGUGACUAUAAAAUUACCGUGAAUAAAGUAUGCAGAGCAAAUGUCUAUCCAUUACCAACCAUUAAUGAGGCUUUUGCAAGUUUGGCGGGAGGGACAGUUUUUACGAAGCUAGAUUUAGCAGAUGCAUACCUGCAGGUGGCGGUGGAUGACGCGACAGCUGCAAUUUUAACAGUUAAUACGAUGAAAGGGUUGUUUCGGGUUAGGCGCUUACCUUUUGGAGUAAGCGGGUGCCCAGCGAUCUUUCAGCGGCUUAUGGAAACCCUGCUAGCAGGUAUUCCAGGUGUGGUGGUCAUGUUGGAUGACAUUUUGGUCACUGGGAAGGACAUGGAGGAACACUGGGACAGAGUUCAGGGAGUGUUGGCGAGAAUAGACAAAGCAGGAUUGCGACUCAAGAAGGCAAAGUGUGUAUUUGCGGCAGAGUCUGUCAUAUUCUUGGGGUACAGAAUCGAUCGGGUAGGAGUGCGCCCUACAGAUGCGAAAGUGGAAGCCAUCCGUGAGGCACCAGUACCUACAUGUAAGAAGGAACUGCAGGCAUUUUUAGGCUUUCUGAAUUUUUACGAAAGAUUCCUGCCGAAUAAGGCAUCAGUCCUGGAGCCUUUACAUCGUCUCUUGGACAAAGGAGCGAAGUGGGUAUGGAGGUCGGAGCAUACUGAGGCGUUCUGCAAAGCGAAGAACCUAUUAAAGUCUGAUCAGGUGCUCACUCAUUAUGACUUAAAUAAGCCUUUAACACUGACAUGUGAUGCAUCAGAUUAUGGAGUAGGUGCAGUGUUGGCGCACGUUACCGAUGAUGGCAAAGACGUGCCCUUGGCCUUUGGAUCGCGCACUCUGACCCGGCAUGAGAGGAAUUACUCCCAGCUCGAUAAAGAGGCACUGGCUGUGAUGUUUGGUGUGACCAAAUUUCGACAGUAUGUGACAGCCCGGCAUUUUACUAUCGUGACAGAUCACAAACCCCUGUUACGACUGCUGGACCCCAAGCGGCAAACACCAGAUAUUCUGUCACCACGCCUCUUACGAUGGAGCUUAUGGCUAUCGAUGUUCGACUUCCAGAUAGUGUAUUUGCCGGGAACCAAGAUACCCCAUGCCGAUGCCCUCAGCCGGCUACCCAUGGCCACUGGAAACAUACAGGUACCAACUGUUGGUGAUGUGCUCAUGCUUGAAGCCAUGCCAGAGCCACCAAUCGAUGCUGAGACACUGGCGCAGUUGACCGACAGGGACCCUGUCCUCCGUCAAGUAAAGCAGCACACAAGCCAAGGUUGGCAGGGCAGGAAGGCAGACUCUGAGGAGUUGCGGCCAUAUUGGAACAGGAGAGAGGCGUUAUCCCUUCACAAGGGCUGUCUCUUGUGGGGCAAUAGGGUGGUUAUUCCAGAGGGGCGUCGCAGGGAACUGUUGAUGGUCCUUCAUGCCGCACAUGACGGAAUUGUCAAGUCUAAGAUGGUUGCCCGGAGUUAUAUGUGGUGGCCCGGAAUGGACAGGGACAUCGAGCAAAUGGUAGGUCAGUGCGCAAUCUGCCAGCAGCAGCGAGCCAACCCGCCCAAAGUGAAGGAGGUGAAAUGGGCACCGGAGAGUGAGCCAUGGGUUAGGCUACACAUGGAUUUCCUGGGUCCUUUCCAGGGGAAGGUUUUCCUCAUUGUGGUGGAUGCGCACUCAAAAUGGCCAGAAGUGAAGGCAAUGCAUAACAUGUCAUCAGGUGCAGUUAUCCAGGCGCUACGAGAGAUCUUCAGUUGCCAUGGGAUUCCCCGGUACCUGGUCUCAGACAACGGGACAGCUUUUGUGUCCCGAGAGAUGGAAGAAUUCCUAACGAAGAAUGGAGUUGUACUAAUGCGCACACCACCAUUCCAUCCAGCCACAAACGGUCAAGCGGAGCGCAUGGUGCAGACGGUGAAGUAUAAACUGCGGAAAAUGGGAGCGGGAGACUGGCACACACGAGUCGCUCGAAUGUUGUUGGCGUUGCGCUCAACACCACUGGGAGAAUCUCAUAAGACACCGGCAGAACUCCUAAUGGGGAGACCAUUAAGAACGGUGCUGGACCAGAUACGCCCCAAACCAAGUUUUCAAGGCGAGGAGACCCAAGAGGUCACAAACCACCACAGGGGCAGGUUUUUUUUAGUUGGGCAGCAGGUGCUUCUUCGUGACUAUAGAGGGACUCGUAAGUGGAUACCAGGAACCAUUGUAUCCAAACAAGGGCCCGUGACAUACACAACCCAAGAUAAGAACGGCAACGUGUAUAGACGUCACGUGGACCAAUUGCUGAGCAACAAAGUGGCACAUCCAUCAAGCCAGGCGGUGUCAGUUACAUGUACUGAUGGCUGUGCUGCGACCAAUCGUGGCAGUACCACCCUGCGUCAGCUCAUGCCGACUGACGGGAUGGCUCUGACAGAGCCAACGCAGGUCCCAGCGACCAUACAGCGGAACCCUAUUCCGAUGGAGCCGGCACAGGUACCAUUGACCGUACAGGAGCAACCGGCAGAGAAUUGGAAGGAGCGGAAGGGUAAACAGCAACAGCUGCCGGGGACAUCACCAGUGGGAGCAUCAACACCGGACCACAGCAGCAGCCCUUUCAGAGGGUUUGCACAUCAUCGUGACCAGGGGCCAGAACCAUGGGAGGGACUGCAGAUGGAGCUGAUACGCGCACAACCGCCCAGGAGAUCCACCAGGGCGAGGAUGGUACCGGGGAAGCUGCAAGACUAUGUGUAGAAAUCUUAAGGGGGGAAGUGUUAUAUAGGAAAUGUGGGGUAGUUAGGUUGGUAGGCCUGCAGUGUAAAUAGAGGCCAGUUUGUAAUGAUGGCGGCCAGCGUGUCGGUCGUUGUUCAUGGUGAUUGUAUACGGGAGUGAGGACUGCAACCUAAAUAUGUGUUGAGGGACAUAACAAUUGUGCAAACAUAUUUAUGUUGUCUCAAGUUUCAUUUUGUUCACUUACCUAUGAUAUAGGAUUGUAUUGCAGGAUCUUAUUUCAUUUUACUUUUGUUUAGUCAAAAUGGUUUAUAUCUUAAGAAAGAAAAGUAAUAUAAAAUAUAUUUGUUUAAAAACAUUUAGAUAUACAGGUGUGGUGAAAAUAGGUAGGAAACUGUGAAUUUAACUAUGUGUUAUGCAAAAACAUUGGGAAUCAGUUGGUAAAAACUGGUUUCAUUAUUGAAAUACUCUCAAUGUGUUGGGUAAGAAUUUUUCCAAAUGGAACAUUGAAAAUUAGUUGAUUGUUUUGCAGUUCCUGUUGCUGCCGCCUGUCGUGGCUCCACUCAAGUGCUCGGUGCUGCCCCUCAGCGGCAACAUGCAGUUGCUGUGUGUGCAGAGCAGUGUCAUCAUCCUCGGUGGGCAUGGCCAGGAACAUUCAUACAUUCAGGAAUUACAUCAUAUUGAAGAUAGUUUAUUAUUUAAUGAUUUUGCAUGUUAUUUAGACACACAUUUCAGGGAAAUUGUGGGCAAACUUUGCCUAGGCCCGUAGUAAGCACUCACGUGGUUUACCACUGAACUACCCUUGUUUGUUUAAAAAAAAUAACAAUAUUCUUCUACAAUGUUUUUUUAUUUUUGACAAGAAGUGUAAAGUUAUGAAAAUACAAAAGUACAGCUACAAAUCUUUUAAAUGCAAUGCCAAAA